UCAUUUGCUCCUCGCUGCUGCCGCGGUGCCGCCAUAUUUCGCGGUGCCCAGACAUUUCAUCCGUCGCAUUCCUGAUUUGAGCAGCAACGUCCUCUCCAUUUCGCGCGCGUUUGCUUAAAUAAUCUGGUCAAUGUCAUGGCUGUGUUGGAACAAGCAAUAGCGUCAACUAGCUUAAGGAACUUGCUCUUCACCCCCCAAAACCCUAGUUCAAGACUUACUAUCCCUUCUGGGAUCCAAUGCUCAAACCAUUCCCUGGCUUCUGUGCGUUCCAUCUACUCUCGCUGCUGGAGGCAGUCCAAAACGAGGCGGAAUGGCCGUUUGAAGUGCUCAAUGGAUGAUUUCAAAGAUGAUUUCAAAGAGCAAUCCUACGGCGAUGACCACUACAAUCAGGUCACGGUGGCCUACCCUAAGCCCUCCGAGAUUCCUUGGAAUAAAGAGCUUUGCAACUCCGUCAAUCUCAUAGGCGUUGUCGCCACUCCCAUUGAAACUAAGCACUUUCCUUCGGGCAAAGUGACUGCUUGGACCCGCCUUGCCGUCAGGAAAAACGCCACCCAGACAUCCUGGAUUAAUUUGACAUUCUGGGAUGAGCUGGCACAUAUUGCUUUUCAGCAUUUAGAGAAAGGGCACCAAAUUUAUGUUUCUGGUCGUUUAGUUACAGAUACAGUUGAAAGUGAUGACGGGAAACAGAACACUUACUACAAGGUGGUCUGUCAGCAGCUGAAUUUCAUUGAAAGGAGCCCCUUAUCAUCCUCCUCAUAUGACCAGGAGCCUGAUUCUAUGAUAUCUGGUAGCAAAGGAAACUACGCUGCACUUAAUACUGGCUCUGUAGAAGAAUUAUGGCAAGCAUUUUUUGCUAAUCCUGUGGAGUGGUGGGACAAUCGGAAGAACAAGAGGAAUCCUAAGUAUCCUGAUUUUAAGCAUAAAGAUACAGGGGAAGCUCUCUGGGUAGAAGGCAGGUCCAAUCCACCAUGGGUCAAAUCGCAACUGGCAAUUCUUGAUGCGAGGAUGGGGUCCCUUACUAAUCAACAUGGCAAUAUAUCUGCAAAUAUGGUGACCGUUGAUGAAUUAUUGUCUUUCUAAGAGUACGUGUGCUAAAUAUUGAUCAUUAAACUUCAGCAACAUUUUUGUUAGAGCGCUCAAUAGAUUGGGCCUACCAGGGCGGCUUAAUCAACUUAGCAAUUUGGUCUUGGGGUUUAUCCUUAUUUUAGGAAAUUUUCAGUCCAAGUCCUAUUUAACCCGACCUACUGACCACCAAAUUAAUGUACCAACUCAUUAAUAUGUUGACUUGUUUGUAUGUAAUGUAUGUGUGGUUUACAUAUAUGUGAUACGUGUUCAUUUUAGUA